AUGUCUUGGCAACCCAAUUGGCAAGGUGGCCCACGCGGGACAUUUCAAAGAGGACGUGCAGAAAGCGAAGAGGGAGAAGAAGGUGAACAGAGUGAAGCUCGCGCAGAAGAUGGAGAAAUGGAAGAAGAAGGGGAGAUAGCACCUUCUGGUCCAAUACGAAAUCCCCAUCCAAAUCCAGAUCACUCUCUGGAGUUCAAUGGACCUCAAUUUCGCGGUGGAGGUAGAGGAGGACCAAGCAACCCCCGUUUCGGUGGUGUUGGUGGUGGAUCUCGCGAACGACCACGACCUCGCAAUAACUUUCCUGGCAUGCCUAGUCCACGAAUGCCUCAAAGUGGUUCCGGAUUUCAAGUUGGAAACAACAAUGGACCGCCAUUUCAACGAGAUAUAAUGCAACAGCCUCCUGCAGCUAUUCCCUUCCGACAGGAUUCGUAUCGAGACUCACAGGGGAGUUGCGAUAAUAUUGACGCCCAACCACAGCAACCACGCCCUGGAGGAACUAGAGAAUACAGGGAUUUCAGUGGGGGAGCACCGACUCAGAAUGGACCGAGAAAUGAGUCUGGUCCUCCUUUUGGAAAUAGAGAUUUCCGAAACGAUCCUCUGCCACCGAAGAGGGACUUCGAUGGACAACAGCGUCCACCGCGAGACUUUAGAGGAGACUUACCCGGACCGAGGGAUUUUCGCGGACCUGACACUGUAAGGAAUUUUCGAAACGAUCGAGACUAUCGAGACCGGAGUGACGAGCUACCCAACAGAGACUUCAGGCCUGGAAUCCAGCCGCCGCAUCGAGAUGUGUUUGGGAGGGAUCGAGGAGGUGUCGUGCCAAUACAUCGAGAAGGUUCCAUGGGAUCCUUUGGUCCUGGUGGACAAAGAGACCCACCUUUUCGUGAACGAGAUACUCAUUUCAGAGAUGGUCCAAAUCGGGAAGUACAGUUUCAUGACGGACCAAAACGAGAACCGCCAUUUCGAGACAAUGGGCCCAGGAUUGACCCACCAAUGAGAGAGGGUUUUUCAGUUCGCGAUGCUGUAAAACAUGCGCCUUUCCCUUCUAGACUGCCAACAAAUCGAGACACUGGCCAGGGAGGUUAUCACAGGGAUGGCAGUCGGGGCCCACCGUUUGAUGAGGGAAGGGAUGAAUCGAUGGUGACGCCUCGCAGUAUUAGCGGGCCGAUGAUGCAAACAGGAAAUACUGCUUCGCAACCCUCUCCUUUCUCCCCUUCGGUGCAAAAGACUACGAUUGGUCAGAGUAUACAACCGCAUAAGUUACGCCCGACUGAUCCUCGACGACGGGCGAGUACCGGAAACUCUGCUUCUCCAUUCGUUGCAAAGCCGAAAGUUAUGGAUGCGACAGCAGAUCCCCGCAACGUCAAUGGACCACCUCCUGCUGGAGUUGGGACUUCUACAUUCAGUUCGGUCCCUCCACCUUCGCAUCCACCGCGUAGAAUGUCCUCAUACAGCAGUUUAGCAGAUACCUCGAUUCCAGUUCCAGCUCACGUGAUGUCAGGCGAUAUGAAUGGAAUGGAUGUGGCGCAUAGUCGCCACGGUGUCGUUAUGCGUUCGCCUGUCCCAGCACGAAGGCCACUGAGCGAUUCACUUUCUAGAAGUGAAUCUGGAGGAUACGUCCCUCCUGGACUUGCCCCUCACCAACAGCGACAAUGGGGGGACCGUGGUCGAAAUCCAAUUGCAGGUCAUCCUUCGAGCCCUGGCAGAGGCAAGCAACAUCCUUCUUCACCGUCGAGAUUUCCAGUAGCUCCGAUGCUGAGACCAUCCAGCAGCACCAAUGAUCCAAGAUCUCGUCUUUCUGAAAGAGGAGGCGAUGUUGGUGCUCCCCCCAGUGAAUCCAACUCGUCGAUUUCAAACUAUUCGAAAGUGAAUUCUGCAAACCGCAGCAGGGAUUGGAAAGAUCGUCCUUUCGGUAGUCAUCCUGAGGCUUUAACACCGCGAGUUUCCCCAACAAAACAGAAAUGCAUUCGAAGCCUCUCUACUGAGGGGUCGGCUCCAAACCUAGCAAAGUUGAGCUCCAGUAAAGCUGGAAAUAGCACUGGAGAAAAGCCAAGAGCUAUUCUCGCAUCCGAGGUGACUCCCAAAUCCAAACCUGAGCAAACGCCGCCUUUGCGCACUGACGUCCUUGGGGAUGACAGCGUAGUCAAAAGGGCCAAGGCCGUCAUGAAGCAUCUCGGUGAGGUUAUUCCUAGUCACACGAGAUCAGAUGCUGAUGACUCCGUCCUACCUUCUAAGCAGACAAUCAUGUCUGCUGUUGCGGAGAUUGAACGAAUGAUUAAAGAGUCGCAAAAGAACUCGCUCGAGUUGGAGGACGAGAAAAAUGUUGCAGAGGAAACUGAAGAGACGGUGCGCCAAGAAGAAGUGGCACGGGUUGCAGCCGCAGAAAUGAAAAGAAGGGAAGAUCUGGAAAAGGCUGCCGAAGAAGAGAAACAUGAAUAUAAGGCUCGUCGAUCUGCUGAGUUGAAAAAGAUGAUCGAAGAUCGAAGGAGCCUAUUUGCGGAGGCAAGGAAGAAUGUCGAGCAAGGCUUUCUAUCGGAUGUUCUACAAAGAAAAGGUGAUACGAAGCCUCAACUUAAGGAAGAAAUGGAAAAGGAAAUAGCCAAGGCGGCAGUCAUCUUUGACAAGAACAUCACCAUUGCGGAGGUGGAUUUAAGGGAGACCACUUCUUCUGAAGCGAAGAUCGAGUCAAAGAUUACAGCUUUGGAAACAGAAUAUCAAACUUUAUUACAGCAGAAGAGUACGGCGAGAGAGCAACAGCUAGCACCGGCGGAGCCAGUUCCAAAGAAUCUGGACGUAAUUCAAUCAAUUACGGCACAGAAUCGAAGAAAUGCGGCUGAGGCGAAUAUUUUCCGGUUAUCGCUCAUCGCGGACCAUUCAAAUGAUGUUACUGAAACUGAGACGAAUCUGCAAACUGGUGUAGAUCCGAAGUACACCAAGACGAAUGGCGAUUGGACUGCGAUUGCAAAUAAAGUCUCCUCUUUGGACGAAGCUCUGUUUGCAGACCCAUCUGAGGUACCAUACUAUGAGCAAUGUAGUAAACUACAUUCGUUGAUUGGCCUCGCAGUCAAAGAAUACGUUCGAGAUAAGCAGGGGCGGCUCCUAAAGCAUUGGACUGAGCUUGCUGAGGAAUAUGAGGUGAGAAAGCGUCUUUUCGAAAGACAGCAGAAGAAGCUAGCAAAGAAGGGGCAACAACGCAAUUCUAUAUCUGUGGGUGGGAGAAGUUCAAUUAUGGGCGAUAAGAAGACAAAGGAAGGCGCUGGCCUUAUUCGAGGGGGCAAUAUCCUGGAAUCGACUGGACGAACUUCGAACAACCCAUACAGAAGAGCGCGUCGUGGCAAUGAAGUCCGAUCGGAGUACGAACAAGAACAGAUAAUCGCCGAAAUUGCAGCGAAAGAAGCGAUGGAAAAGAGGAUCACUCAUGGAGGCUGUAGGGUGCCUCGCCAAUUAUGCCGCCUCGAAAGAGAAGUUACAGCCUCAUUUGUCGAAACCUUUACAGCUCAAAGGAUCGAAGACCCUGUAGCUGAGGAAGAGAAAGCUUCACGCACUAACAUAUGGACUGACAUGGAAAAGUGUAUUUUCCUUGACCGUUUUCUUCAAUUUCCAAAAGAUUUCAGAAGAAUUGCUACAUUCUUGAGAAACAAAACCACAAAAGAUUGUGUAGCAUUCUACUAUGAUUCAAAACAGGCUGUACCCUACAAAGGGGCAUUGAAGGAACAUGUGAUGCGCAGAAAGAGGAAAGGAGAUUAUCAAGUUUGGGACUCAUCAAUCCAGGCGGCAAUAUCUGUUGGAGCCGUUGUCACAGCUGGUACGAGCGAAGAAGUCCCUGUAUACAUUUCACUUCCUGCCUCAGACUGCACCUAUGCCACUAGAAUGCUACACCCCCUUAAGCUUCAAGUCCUUGACCGCAUGAGUGUAGAGAAGACUUUAGAUGGAUUAGAAUCGGAGGGUCUUCACAUGGAAGACCUGAAGCCGAAGUCACGGAAGCGACAUAGAGACCCCCUUUUCUCACUUGCGAAAGAACAUACAAAGUUUCUACGAAUAGCUUCACAGGAAUCGAUGGCUGCAAGCCAACUGAGAUCAGCUAUCAUUGGAGAGAGAGAGGUUGAUCCGUUCGAUACGCAAAAGGGGAACGAUGCAGAGACUUCUGGGUCAAGACAAGGCAGGAAGGCGCCACAAAAGUGGACGAGCUCAGAGAAAAAAAUAUUUGUUGCGACGCUGGAGGAGCAUGGUCGCAACUGGGGCAGGCUUUCGGAUGCAGUGGGCACGAAGUCAAUAUCACAGAUAAAAAACUUCUAUUACGACUACAAGAAACAGGCAGGCAAACACCGAUUGGUAGACAAAAAAUCGCACCAAAAGGUAUCAUCGAAGCUACACAAAGAAGAUCUCCCAAUGGAGAGCAGCCAAGAGAAGGACCAAGAGGACCAUGUUCAUGCAUCGAUCGAUAGGGAUCGAUGUGAAACGGCACUACUGGCUCAAGACGGGAACGGGGAAAUAGCAAUGGCAUCGCAGCAAAACUUGAAAGAAACUAUUGAUGGAAACAACAUUGCUUCUAUGCAUCAUGGGAAGGUCGACCAAGUCAGUGAACAUGGGAACGCCGAACUCAUCAAGCAUAUGCUGAGCCAGCAGUUUCAGCAGCAGCAGCAACAACAACUGGGACAUCAGCAGCUGCAACUGAACCAGCAGCCACAAAGUGCUCUGCAACAGCUACUAAGUCAGCACCACCAAAGAGAUCACCAUCCGGCUUUAGGGCAGUUGUCUCUUGAAGAUGCUCAUCGAUUACUUCAGCACCAGUCGCACUCCCAUCAGCACGUUCUUUCUCAUCUUGUUCCUUGGUUAUCAGCAUCGCAGUUAUUGCAGACCCAAUCUAGGAUGCAACAGGCACAAGCUGCCGCAGCAUUACAACAGCAAGACAGUGGUCAACUUUCCUCUGCUUCUGACAUCGCAGAUGUCGCCAAUCUUCAGCGCUUGCUUCAAAUGCACCAGGUGAAUCAGAAUCCUUUUGGAAUCGCUCAACCGAAUCAUAGUCAACUCCACUCUUUGCUACUUUCGAACGCCGGUCUAGGCUCUUCGGCCGGAUCAGCGUUGCCAACAUCGAGCCAAGCCAUGACUCAAUCUGCAAAUUUAUUGUCGCAACUUGAAAAACUUUCAGCGCAGGGCUCGUCAGCUUCGGACUCAUCAGCUGAGAAUAUUGCGGCGUUCGCAGCUGCCCAGAGACUUCUUGGAUUCGGAAAUAGUGUCCAAGGAACCGGUGCUUCCAAUGGCAAUAUCCCUAAUAAUUCUAUGCCUGGUGGCCUUGGUUUGGGUUUAGGAGCGUCACCUGCGACCCUGGAACCUCGCGGAAUGUCAGACGCUUUGAACCUGCUAGCACGAUCAAUGCCGAUACCCGAAACGAGCAAUAUUGGCAGCUACAAUGGAAUGCCAGAUCGUCAAGAUGGUGGAACAGAUCAUUACAAUCCGAACUAG